AUGACAGAUUCAGUCAUGUCGCGGGGCGUUGAUGCUCUGAUCUCUUCUGGCAGAAGGAACAUAGCCAUAGCAGAGAUCGUCCUCUUUACUAUAAUCCAUCUGACUCAAGUUCCUCUACGAUAUAUGCAGGAAUGGCGUUACUGGCACCAUAAUAAGAGACAGAGUCCUGGGCGCAGCUUCUUCUACUCUUGGUGGAGCAUGGUUGGCAUUCUAGCUCAAGUCCGCAUUGCAAGCUCUGCUAUGAUUCUCUCAACUUCUCAGCCCAACCAAUCCAUGCUUGUUGCUGAGUCUGCCAUGCAGAAUGUUGGCCUUUCGCCUCUUUUAUUCGAAGUUAGCCUUGUUCUUUUGGCAUGUGGUCAGUCUGGAGAACUUGGGCCCAAUAAAUCGAAGUAUCCAAAGUCAUGGAGGUUCGCUCUGCAUGGCUUUCGAUUCCCCAUCGCCAUCGCCAUUGUGCUCGUUAUCGUGAGUGAAAUCAUCGAGGUAUCCACUUUAGGGGAAGCAGGAUCUGUUCUGCUCGUUGUCACUUUCGCUUUUGUGUGCGGGUUGGUUGCUUGGCUGGCGGUAAAAACUCGCUCGACUCUCCCGGUGGAAGGUCAUCGCGGAGUUCUGCUGGUUUUGCUCGCACUCCCAUUCCUCUUGAUCCAUAUUGUUUACUUCCUGCUAUUGGAAUAUGGACCUUCUCAAUUCAACCCUUUCACAGGUGGUAUCGGCGCCCUGGCUGGCAUGGGCUUGUUGAUGGAGAUAUUUGUCGUCAUAGUGCUUCUGACAGCUCGUGCCGUGGCGAUGCCCGUCUGGCCAGCCGAUGUGAAGCGAAAUAUCGAGUCUGGUGGUGCUGGUGCCGAAGGGCCGGAAGAUUGA